CCCCGCCACAUCAGGAGCACCUCCCCCGCCUCUUCAUAGAGACAAUAAAAAGCGUUUUGUGUCCACUGCUCGGUCUCCUCAAAAAGUCCUAACCUCUGGGAGGCGAGAGAGGCCGUCUGCUCCUUCUGCUGUCGCUGCUGUUUGACUAAUUCUCAAGAUGACUCAUCAGUUCCCAUCGCUCUCUCCGGAGCAGAAGAAGGAGCUCUCUGAGAUUGCUCAGAAGAUUGUGGCUCCAGGAAAGGGAAUCCUGGCUGCAGAUGAAUCCACAGGCACCAUGGGAAAGCGCCUUCAAAAAAUCAAUGUGGAGAACAACGAGGAGAACCGCCGCUGCUUCCGUGAUCUCCUCUUCUCUGUCGAUCCCUCCAUCGCCAACAGCAUCGGUGGGGUCAUCUUCUUCCAUGAGACGCUCUACCAGAAGGCAAACAGUGGCAAGCUCUUCCCCCAGGUCAUCAAGGAGAAGGGCAUUGUUGUUGGCAUCAAGGUGGACAAGGGCACAGCUGGUUUAAAUGGAACAGAUGGCGAGACUACCACACAAGGUCUUGAUGGCCUCUCAGAACGCUGCGCCCAGUACAAGAAGGAUGGUUGCGACUUUGCCAAGUGGAGGUGUGUGCUCAAGAUCUCAGAUGGCUGCCCAUCGGCUCUUGCCAUUGCCGAGAAUGCCAAUGUGCUUGCCAGAUAUGCCAGUAUCUGCCAACAGAAUGGCCUGGUGCCAAUUGUGGAGCCAGAGAUCCUGCCUGACGGAGACCACGACCUGCAGCGCUGCCAGUACGUCACAGAAAAGGUUCUGGCUGCUGUGUACAAGGCUCUGUCUGAUCACCAUGUCUACCUGGAGGGCACCCUGCUGAAACCCAACAUGGUCACUGCUGGACACUCUUGCCCUAAGAAGUUCACACCUGCGGAGGUAGCUAUGGCCACUGUGACCGCUCUGAGGCGCACUGUCCCUGCCUCUGUGCCAGGCAUCUGCUUCCUGUCUGGAGGCCAGAGCGAGGAGGAGGCCUCCCUCAACCUGAAUGCCAUCAACCAGGUACCCCUCCUCCGCCCCUGGAAGCUGACCUUCUCGUAUGGCCGUGCACUCCAGGCCUCCGCCCUCGCCGCCUGGCAGGGCAAAGCCGCCAACAUGAAAGCUGCACAGGAGGCUUUCAGCACCAGAGCAAAGAUCAACGGCCAGGCUUCCAAAGGAGAGUACAAGCCCAGCGGCACAGCUGACACGGCCUCCAUGAAGUCCCUGUACACUGCCAGCUAUGUCUAUUAAAUACUGUGAACAUUCAAAUUUAAAUAAACAGCACAUGGACCAAAUAUGACUUCAGGAAAUGAUUCUGCUGGGUGUGGUACUGCCAACACCUGGUGGAGAGCGUCUGCUAAAAUGUUUGACUACUUGUUUGUCUACCAAAUGGAAAUAAAUUAACAGAACACAA